GAUUAUGAUGAGUUGGCCGGAUGUUGAACUUCUUUCGCGCCGUACGUAGCCAACCGUGAAAAUCUCGUACCUGUCAACCCACACGGUUUAACCGUAUUCUUGUUGGGGGAAAUUGAGUUGACAGGUCCAUACGGCGUAUGGACCUUAUUUUAAUGGUUUUAUAGGAUGAACGUUGAGAUUUCUAAGAGCACGGGGUGACCAAUAGGGUCCGAAUUUGUCUGUAAUAAGGUAGGGACUGAUAAGGGGUUGACAGGGCUGGUCUCACAAUGUGCUCUGCACCACCAAGCACGGUGAUUUCGUGCCCUGGCUUCUGCGAGCUGUCCCCACCACCAUCUCCUCCACCACUUCCGUUUGUGGUUCAAAUUCCGGACGAAAUUGACCCUGAUCAUCUAACCCCAGCGGAGCUUCCACCACCACCUCCUCCUCUUCCCAAUCUUCCACCUCCCCCAUGCCAUCGUCUCAGUUACCAUAACGGUGCUGGCGAUGAUGGCGGUGGCAACAGUGGUGGCGGUAUCGGUGACGGUUGUGGUGGUGGAGAUGGAAGCUGCGACAGGGCGGUGGCUUCCCGUGGAAGUGAGGCUGCCGAAGAGACCGGGUUUAUCCCAGGGUCCAGAUUCGGGUGCCGCGCUUGCGAUGCCGCGGCCGAUGGAGCUGCGAGCCAUGAGGCAGCGAGGCGAGCGGGCGGUGUCGACAUGAGGUCAAGGGACCGCCGUGACAAGACCUCCACCACAGCAGCUGGACGAGGAGAGAGCUGGGGCCAGGAGGAGCGCCCCAGCCACAUGGAGCGAUACCUGGCACUGAGGCGCAAGCUGGAAGAGGUAUUGAGUGUGCGCAAUGAGCCUGCGGCCGGUGGCGGUGGUGGUGGCGGCAGCGGUACUAGUGCCAACAACACCAGCAGCAGCAGUGACACUACUAGUGACACCAGCAGUAGCAGCAGCAGUGAAGAUGAAAUUAUUUAUGAAGAUGGCCACUUGUACACCAGUGCCGGAGUGUGGGGCGGACACUGGGAGCAAGGGGCCGACGGAGUAACGUUGGCAGAAUCGGCGGCAGCGGCAGUAGAAGCAAGGCCAGUUUGGACCAUAAUUGAUGAUCCUGGCAGUACUGGUUGCCGAGAUGGAGACGCAUCGUCAACCGAGCACUGCGUAAGCAGCAGCGGCGUCUGCGCUGGCGAUGACGAUAACGACGACGACGACGACGCCAGCUGGGCGGCCGUGACGCGCGGCUGGGGCAGGAGCCGCAGCGACCUGGGGCUGUCCCAGGCGCGGUUGCAGGGAGCGGGAGCGAGCGAGGAAGUGAGCGGCGGGGGUGGUCGCAGGGGCAGCGCCGGUGACCAGGCGACGCUGUGGGUGUACCGGAGGGAGGGCGCACGGGAUAGGCUGCUCUCUGAUGAUGACGAGGAGGACGAGGAGGAGGAGGACGCCUUCCACACGGCUUCGGGCGGCAGCGACGGGUGCUCGUGGGAGCAUCGCGAGCGAGACGAACUGGCACUCGCAAACACUGAAGACGAGUUGCUGCUGCUCCCACCCGGCCCCGAGACGUCCGACCAAUCGGGCGACUGCGCAAUUUGCGCCAGUCGGAGCGCGGCUUCCUCGCCGGCAAAUCACGGCAUGCCGUGCAGCCUGUUUGCGGCGGAUGGUGGGGAGCUCGCCGCAUCGGAGGAUAACGGGUUUGACUCCAUUCCCAGUCUCAACGAGCCGUUUCUCGAUCGCACGGAAAGCUUUGCCGACGGCGGAGAAGUUUCGUCCGGCAGGAGGAGCAGGGGGAGCAGCAGUGCCAAUGGAGACAUGGUGGGGCACAGCCUGCCCUGGGCUCCAUGCCCCAACGAUGUUCUCUCCCCUCCCGGCGGAGCCACGGGGGGACCUCUCCAUCGACCAUGUGGCGAUGAGGCCGAAUCUCCGAGCGCCGGUCAAUGUUGCGCGGACUCCUCCCACGACUCCACCCCGAACGCCUCCCCGUCGCACUCCCAGCCGCACGCGCCGCCGCCGCACUCGCGCCUACGCCACCACCACUCGCACCACCACCACUCGCACCAUCACCACCACCACACGCACCACCACCACUCGCACCACCACCACCACACGCACCACCACAACGCGCAGCGCCACCCUUCCUCCACGCUGGCAUCAUGGCUGCGUCAGCCGUUGCUGGUACCGGAGAUUCCGGCGGUGGCCGCACCGCAGCGGCUACCGCCGCAACCGCCGCAACCGCCGCCGCAGUUGCAACCGCCGUCGCAACCGCCACCGCCGCCGCCGCCACCGUGCUGCGAGUUGUGGGUUGCCGCCGCAACCACCGGCGCCGCGCAAACGCAGCCGACUGUGGCUCACCGGAGCCACCCGUACUUCAACGCGCUGGGCGGCGUCGGUGGCGGCGGCCACCACUACCACCACCACCGGGGCGGCGUGGGGGCCGGCGCCUGGCGCUCGCCACUGCCGACGUCUCUGCCACCGUUGCUGUUGGUGCCGCCCAUUGCCCCCGCUCCCUUCGCCGCGAUGCAGCCCUUGGACGGCACCAUGGGGUUUAACGGAUACUCCGUGCUGGGUCUCGGGGGUCAGCCGGGCCCGCCCACGGGCACCGGUGGUGCUGUCGGGCGCCUCCGCAACGCAGCCUCCAGCAGCGUCGGCGCCAAUCAGGAUAUGACGGAUAGUCCCAGUCGUCGCUCGAGCCUGGACCGAGCCCCAGCUGACCCGGUCUCCUCGGAGGGGCUGACCGCAUUGCCGCCCGAUGGAGCCAUGCCCGCUCACCCGGCGCUGUCGUCCGAGUGCCCCUCUCCACUCGUGCACCGCAGCUUGUUCAGCCAGGCGUGGGGACCGUCCGGCCUCUCUACGCCUUCAGGCACAGCCAUGCGGCGUGUCGCCCACUGCAGCGCAUGCGCGCGUCUCCCCUCCCUGUGCGUCUCCCCAUCGCAUCGCCGCGUCUGCCCGUGCUUCUCGUGCCCUCCAACCCCGCCGGGCGGCUGCGCCGCUACCUCCGCUCGUGGGCGGUCAUCCCCGGCGGGAGCUGUCGACGGGGCCGGCGAGACUCGCCGCCUUGACGACGAUACCGCGACCGCAACGACCGUCGCCGCGACAAGCGUGACUGCGGCGGCAGCAAACCAGGUGCCCGCUCAGCCGCCGGAAUUCUUCUCGCUUCCUGCCUCGCCCGCUUCGCCCACCUCGCCCGCCUCGCCCGCCUCGCCGCGGGGCCGCCGGCGGCAGCAGCAACUGCUGGGGCGCUGCUGUCACCAAGCGAACUGCGCCAUCAGGCGCGCGGUGACCGCCGGAGAUCACCAGCAGCGGCGCCGGCUCGCGGCAGCGCGUCGAUCCUCGACCCCCGAUCCCUUCUUCCUCUUCGACGCAAACGGCGAGGAGGACGACGAUGAAAACGACGAUGACGAGGACGACGACGUGGUCGUUGACGGCGCUGCCGCUUCGGCCGCGUCCACGCAAGCGUCGGACGCAGUUGGUGCAGGGACCGGUGCUGCUGCUGCCGCUGACGUUGCGGUGUUGGUAGCGGCCACCCGCCAGUUGAUGGCGAACCGCGUCGAGCGGCUCCACCGCUGCUGGGAAGCAACCAAGGCGGCGCUGGCAGUGGCCACCGACGUGCCACCCGACACCGAUGGCGCCGCGGAGUCGUCGGCAUCGGCGUUAGGCUGCGCCCGGCCUCCGACCCCGGUGCCUGGCUUGGAUGAGGUUCAAUUCCCGGGCGAGGGCGACGGCUCGCACUUCGACUUCCCGCCCCUGCCUCAGGAGCUGCGGGCGGAGCCACACGCGCGGGGAAACGGCGCCGGCGAUAAUGUCGGUUCGUCGACGCUGCUCCACUCUACACCCAAGCGGCGCUGCGGCUUCCGCUGGCCGUCGACCACGGGGGUGGCUGGGCCGGCGGAUUGGGCCAAUGCCUGCCAGCGUUUGCCACGCUCCCCGGCGAUUGGCUACCCAUUCCGCCGUCGCUCAGCCGAGCCAUCUGAUGUUUUCCUGUCAAUGCCGCCGCCGCCGCCGCCACCACCGCCACCACCGCCGCUGCCGCCACCACCGCCGCCGCUGAUGGUGCUAUCCGCGUUGGUGAGGAGUGCGGCGCUGGGAGCACCGGUGGAAUUGGCCAGCGCUGGGGAAGCCUCGGAACGCCAGCCGCCCUUCGAACGUGACGGUGCGGACGGGGCAAGGACGACCAGCUCGAGCUAUGAACCGAUUGGUGGGCGCCUCCCGCAGUACAUGCAGUCCGAGUCGCAGGUUCUGGGUGGCAGCUAUGAUCUCGCCCUGCCACGAGCCCACUUCUACCCGCACAUGGCAUCCUUGUACCACCACCAUCACCACCACCACCACCGCCACCAUCACCACGGCCACAUCCAGCAGCAGCAACAGCAUCAGGAGCAGCAGAGGAGCGGAGGGGAUGGCCAGGCCUUCGCGCACCACACUUCGAUGAGAGGGCACGGGGCGGCCGAUGCACGGCUGUCUUCGCACGUCUCGUAUGGACAACCCAUCUUCGUGGCGAACGGCGGCGUGCCGGUGCCGUACUACGUCCGCCAGCAGCAGCAGCAGCAACAGCAACAGCAGCCCAACGAUGAUGGCGAUGGUGUCGGGGAUCGCGACCGGGAGCCACCGCUGUCCGUGCCGCGGUACCGCGCGUUCCCCCGCACGAGUGCCGCGCACCGUGGGGACGACGCGCAGGCCACUCGAGACGACUCCAGGUCUCGCGGCGAGGCCGACUUCCAUCACGCCGUCCCGCGCACCGUCCUGCCGCUGCCGCCCCACUCGCUGCUGCGCUCCACACGUCCCUCCCCCGUCCGGGUCCAGCACUCCACGCUCGGGAGCUCCUCCUCCCACCCCUCGCCCAUGCUCGGUUUACCCCGGGUAUUUAUGGCGGAGAUCCUCACCGUGCCAAGGCCGGAGCUGGAGGACCUGAUGAAUUUUGACUUCCAGUUCAUCCUGCACGGGGCGUCUCAGAGCACGAUCGAGUGGUACACGUGCGCGCACAAGUACAAGAAGCUGAGGCCUCGUAAAGAGGACAAGAGGCCAGACGGCGAAGAGAGCGAUGAUGAGAAAUGCACCAUCUGUCUGUGCGAGCUGGAGGACGAGGAGGAUGUGAGGAGGCUGCCCUGCAUGCAUCUCUUCCACCAAACGUGCGUCGACCAAUGGCUCGUCACCAACAGGAAAUGCCCGAUCUGCCGGGUCGAUAUCACAGCUCAGCUGCCCGUGAAACCCUGAUCAGUUCGGAGCAUCAUCCCCCCCCCCUCUUCUCUGCCCCUCCCCACUGCCCCACUCCCCACCGCCCCACUCCCCACCGCCCCUCUCCCCACCGCCCCUCUCCUCCGACACACGAGACCCACAAUGCGAUGAGAUGCCUACCUUCCUCACUGCAGUGCACACACACCAGUAGUGUAGUCCUACCCGUACAGCCCCCGUUGCGUGUAUACAGCCCGUGCGAUGAUCCACUGCUGGACGACGGCCUUGCCCUCGUACAAUGCGGGUCGUCGGGGUUAUUUGACCGCACUCCCCCCCUCCCCUCCCGCUGGUCAGCGCGGGUCGGUGAAGGCGGGGAAGUCUGGUUGGCGCAAAGGAGGACGGUGCAAGCCGCUUCACAAAACUGUUCCUCGUAAAAAGCUGGUUUGGGAGAGGUUCAGUUGUAACCCGUCCAGCAUUUGAAACGGUUUGGUCAAAGCUGCUGGGCGAGAUCCAAUUAUUCCACGCGACGAGGGCUGUUCGGUGCAGACGCAGCGCGAUGCACCCAUUCGUCCUGUAAGGACAACGAUGAUCACGCGAUGGAGCUUGUGGAUCGCCGGUUUUCACGCGGUGUCUGCGGUGGCCCGGUAACCUCUGUUCACGACGACGUUUUACAAAGAACCUGUUCUCCCGCAUUGAAUCGUGAUCUGUGAAUCGCAACGAUUAAUCGAAUCGCAGGGCAGGUGAAAUCGAUACGCCGCUGCUCCUGGCGUAACUCUCUUUAUUGUCGCAAUCCUUGCACUGGAUAUUUUUCUGACCUAUUAUGAUCUCUCGAGGAGAUGGUAUCUGCCAUUGAUGUCGUUUCGUAUAUUUUGCACUUGCAUCCCUCUGCUGCGUACACGCACACCUGCUUGGCAUUCCGUCGUCGACUUUUUGCUUUCCUGCCUCCCACACUUUUGAAUUUACGGCACGCUGUUUGUUUUUGUCACUCGAUUGUACGAUAUGCAGCCAUUUGAAUAGGCGUAGUUAACCUACUGGAUUGUUUUGCAUUCGUUUUAACGUUGGCAUCAGAAUGUUUUUUUUCUUGUUAUUUUGUUGAAAAUAAUCUCACCCGUUCUCUAACAAGGUUGACCAGAUGAUCGAUAGAAAGGCCAGUAAAUAAUGAGGUCUUCAGACGAUGAACAAAUCCUCUCAAGAGGGUACAGAUCUAUCUGUUACGUGGUCUUUAGAGACGAACCACUUAUGAUCGGCUCUUUAUACAACAGAAUAGACAAACCAGUUCCUGAUUGAGCCUCUAGACAAAUGUCAUAAAAAAAAAAUCUCAAGUAGGCCCUAAAUUUGCUUUGCCGUUUCUGCGGCUCCCCUCGCGUUGAACGAAGAUCUCCGAUUUUCAUUGUUUCGCGCACAAAGGUGGGAAUGAUGUAGAAGCAAAGUUUGAUGUGUUUUGAGGUUGAGCAAGUGCUGCUUUGAACCUUCGCAAAGCACCCACGGUGAUCGAAGUUAGACAUUUUGCGGUGUUUCAUGCUGCGCCCCUAUAAGCUGAGCGCAGGUUGGGAUAUUUUUUUUUCCCCCGUUAGGAAAAAAUAAGUCAUGGUUUCUUGCAUGAAGACCUUGCGCUGUUUUUGAAGCACGUGUUCAUUUGGUGCUUGCGUCACGUUUCGGUUUCGCGUGACGUUUUCGACUCCCAUGACGCCCGCAGAAUUAACAGUUAUGUCACGCAGCAGCUUUACGCUGAAAAUGUUAACAACAAAAAAUCGCCACCCAUCGGCUUGUUGCAGGGAGAAACCUCUACACGGCACACGUGCAGCCCAUUUGUCAGACCACUGCUGGAUGAGGGCCUUCCCCAUGCCUGUGUGGGUCGUGGCGAUUAUUUGACCGUACUUUGCCACGCUGAAGUACGGUAAACGCAGGUGGCAUCGACGCGAGAGCUUCGAAGUGCAGCAAAAAAGUAUCCUGCUGCCCACCACAUAGCUCCAAAGCAGCCUAUAACACCUGUUUUGCAUGGUGGUCACCCAUCCAGGAAGCAACAAUAGUCUAAUCCUGCAGUACUUUUUGCGUUGAUCUUUUUUUUUUGCAAGCACAUCGGUGCAAUAGAGUCUGUGCAAGUUUGUGGUUAGAAGAAACGCAAUAAUAAAAACAUGUUUAAGGUGAAAAUAACGUUACUGUAAAUGGCUCAUCUUGCUGUGAAUACAAUAACAUUUUCCUCAAUAUAGUUGGAAUGGGUACACCACAUCCCUCACAUGUAACAAGGUUUGUUUUUGGACAGUGGACCCAUCAAAAGUGAACAAAAAAAUGCAUUGUAGUCCUGAAGCUGAGUGCGCACAGCAAUGAUUCUUUGGUGUUGAGCUGCAUCCCCAUGCCGUGCAGGUUCCCGUAAUAAAGUUCAACACAGCAAUGCCGGCA